GAUUUUGCAUUUCCAGGGGAAAGAACUGUAUGUAAACAAUAUAGUUCUCUCCCCUGUCAGCUUCUGUGCACUGCUUUGUAUGGCUCUGCAUAGCAGAGCCAUACAAAGCAGUGUGCUUACAGUGGACUACACACACACAGCCUCAUAGUAAAACACACAGCACACAGUUAACCCUUUGAUCAUGCCAGAUGUUAACCCCUUCCUGCCCAGUGUCAUUAGUACAGUGUCAGUGCUAUUAAUAAGCACUGAUCACUGCAUUGGUGUCACUGUGGAUGUCAGUGACACCAAGUCAGUUCCCCCCAGUGUCAGAACGCCUGUUGCAGUCCCA